UCCAGCGUUCCGGCGGGAAGCGCGCGCGCGGAGCCGCUGGAGAAUCGCCUCAGUUUUCUUUCUCACUUUAUAUGAUAUGUGAUUAUAUGAUGUUAUUGUCACUCAGCAGAAGAAGAGCUCCGCACCGGAUUCAACUCGAGCCGCGCUCGUUUUCCUGACGGAAAUAAAAUACAGUCAGAUAAGUACAGUGUAACAUUUUAUUAUAAUUUUUUAAAGGGAGACACUUUUGAUAAACUGCAUCACCUCCGAGCGAAUACUGUGGCGUUUCUUUUUUACCCCCAUCCUCUCCCUCUCCAUCUCUUCUCCACCCCGGUCUCCAUCCCUUUCCUUCAAAAUGACUUCAGAUAAAGUGUGGAUCCUCUGACUCUCUUCUCCAGAACGACUGGACUUUUUUUUUUGGUCAGAUAUCGUUUGCCAGAACUGUUCGAACCCCCUCGUUGAGAGACAUUUCUCCAGGCUCAGAGCGGUCCAGUCUCUGUGAGAAUGGCGGAAGCAAAUAAACCGGUCACUUAACGGAUUUUUCUUCGACGGGAAGGAUUUUGUUGCUCUUCUUCCUCCUCUUCUUCUUGUCAUCAUUGCUUUCUUCCCCUUAUUCAUGGCUGGAUUGUGUAUUUGAAAGGGGCUGUGGCGUUUUUUAAUUUAUUUGGAGACAACCACGAAAUCCGAGCAGAUCUCCAUCCUCACCCCGAGACACACAGAGAUAGUGAGGGGAAGCUGAAGUGAAGAAGACAAGAAGACCCAAGUGGUCCACGGAGACUAAGGUGUUGCCUUCAAGGGGCAUCAUGGACUUCUCAGUGGGAUUGUAUCUGAUAUGGGUAUUAAUGUUAAACUUUGGGCAUGGCUCACUGGGCGGCAUCCUGUACCGCGUGCGUGAGGAGCAGCCACCGAGUACACUGAUAGGCAGCCUGGCAGCUGAUCAGGGCUUACCUGACUCUGGACAUCUGUACAAGCUGGAGGUGGGCACCCCUUACCUGCGGGUGGACGGUAAAACGGGAGAAAUAUUCACCACCGAGAUUCCCAUAGACAGAGAGACAAUGAAAGAUUGUCGGAUGAAAGGAAAACCAUGCUUUCUGGAAUUUGAGGUGUCUGUCACGGAUCUCAUCCAGAACCAAAGCCCUCGGCUGAUCGAGGGACGGAUUGAGGUGCUUGACAUCAACGAUAACACGCCGCAGUUUCCCUCACCUGUCCUCACACUCUCUGUGCAGGAGAACACUCAUAUGGGAACCACCUUCUCCAUUCCACUGGCCACAGACAAAGAUACAGAGCGUAACGGGGUUGCCGACUAUACCCUCACUGCAGGACCAGAGGCUGUUGCACUUUUUGGGUUACAAGUGGCAGAUGACAGAGGUGAGAAAUUGCCUCAGCUCAUUGUGAUGGGAAACCUGGACAGGGAAUUGAAAGACUCCUAUGACCUAACCAUCAAAGUAGUAGAUGGCGGAAGCCCACCUCGCUAUAGUAGUGCCUUGCUGAGAGUUGUCGUCACUGAUGCCAAUGACAAUGCCCCGAAGUUUGAGAAAUCCUCCUAUGAAGCAGAGGUUUCAGAAAACAGUCCUGUCGGACACUCUGUAUUACAGGUCAAAGCCAAUGACUCAGAUCUGGGUCCAAAUGGUGAAAUAGAAUACAUAAUUCAUCAAGCCAGUGAUCCAGUGCCAAAGCUGCUACAGAUUGACCGUUCCACAGGCAUUGUAUAUGUAAAAGGUCCGCUGGAUCGUGAGGAGAUCAACAGCUUAAAGUUUCACGUUAUUGCACGAGACAGAGGUCCCUCACCUAAGAGCUCAACAACAUAUGUUUCCGUCGAGGUAACUGACCAGAAUGACAAUGCGCCAGCUGUGGAGAUCCGUGGGAUUGGUCUUAGGACCCAUAGCGAUGGAGUGGCAAACAUCUCAGAGGACAUGCCUGUGGGAACUGCUGUGGCACUGGUGCAAGUGUCAGAUAAGGAUGAGGGAGAAAAUGCCGUGGUGACCUGUGUGGUAGCAGGAGAUGUCCCCUUCCAGCUCCGACCAGCUGGUGAUUCCUCAGUUGAUAACAAGAAGAAGUAUUUUCUGCAGACCACCACACCUCUCGACUUUGAGCGAAUCAGGGAUUACCGUGUCGAGAUCGUAGCUGUGGACUCAGGCAACCCAGCUCUGUCCAGCACCAACUCCCUGAAGGUCCAAGUGACUGAUAUUAAUGACAAUUCUCCCAUAUUCUCACCCCCAGUGUUUGAAAUAGAGUUUGCUGAAGAGAAUCAGCCUGGAGAGAAGGUUCUUGAUGUUAUUGCCUUGGAUGCAGACAGUGGCACUAACGCAGAGCUCAUCUACAGCAUCGUUGCAGAUUCUUCAACAAGGGGGCUGUUUGAGAUUGACCCCAACACAGGCGAAGUACGAGCAAGAAGCCCACUGGACCGUGAGCACAAAGAACGUUAUGAGUUCCGUGUAACUGCAUCUGACAAAGGCGUUCCCAGUCACAGAGGCACUGCUACUGUUGUGAUCAAAGUACUAGAUAGGAAUGAUAAUGAUCCCAAGUUUAUGCUAAGUAGUUACAGCUUCUCUGUCUUGGAGAACAUGCCACCACUCAGCCCGGUUGGCAUGGUGACAGUAUUAGAUAUAGAUAAAGGAGAAAAUUCCCAAAUACAGCUCUCGGUAGAACCUGAUGUUGGAAAGUUUGUGGUACAGAACGGCACAGGCACAAUUCUCUCAAGUAUUUCCUUUGACCGGGAGAAAGAAAGCAGCUACAGUUUCCGACUCAAAGCAGUAGAUGGAGGAGAAUCCCCCAGGUCAUCGUAUGUCAGUGUGACCAUCAAUGUACUUGACGAAAAUGACAACGCACCAGUUAUUACCAAACCUUCCAAUUCUUCUUUCAAGCGUCUGUCUCCGCUGGCUGCACCUGAUAGUGUGGUCGAGGUAGUGGAGGCAGAAGACAUAGACUCUGGCUCCAAUGCCGAGCUGGUCUAUAGUAUUGCUGGGGGGAACCCCCAUGAGCUCUUCUAUAUAUCUCCCUCGGAAGGAGAGAUAAAACUAACAAAAGAACUGACUCGAAAACAUGGAGGUUUGCAUCGCCUGGUAGUUAAAGUGAGCGAUAGGGGGAAGCCUUCUCGCCAUGCCAUUGCCCUGGUGCACAUUUAUGUCAAUGAGACCAUUUCCAAUGUCAGCCUGGUGGAGGGUCUAGUGGGACAUAGCUUAUACACUCCACUGGACACAGACAUUGCGGGUGACCCUGACUAUGGUCUAGCUGCUCAAAGAAGCAACAUCUUAUAUGGUAGUUUGGCUGGUGUGGCGGGGGUUGUCACUGUAAUCAUAGUGGUAGUCUUUAUCAGACAUCGCCUCCAGAGAGAAACCAAGAGUGGCUAUCAAGCUGGCAAAAAGGAGACAAAGGACUUGUAUGCACCCAAACAAGGACCGAAGAGCAUCAAAGGGAAAAAGGGAAGAAAGGGAAAGCCUCCAAAAUCACCAAAACCUCUUGGAGAAGACGAAGAGGUCAGCCUCCAAAAGAGUCUGAAGUUUAACAUUGAUGGGGUCAAUGACAGCCCUAGGAUCCACCUGCCUUUGACCUACCCUCCAGGCAGCCCUGACUUGGGCAGGCAUUAUCGUUCAAAUUCACCUCUGCCCUCCAUUCAGCUUCAGGCUCAGUCUCCAUCAGCAUCACAGAAACAUCAGGCUGUCCAGGAGCUUCCUGCCACCAAUACCUUUGUGGGAACAGAACGAGAUGACAACUCGACUGGAUCUGACCAGUACUCGGAUUACAGCUACAAGACCAAUCAGCCGAAAUAUAGCACAAAAUCGCUGCCGCACCGCAGAGUGACGUUCUCCACAGCCAAUCCGGUGCCGGACACCCAGGACUCGUCACAGCAGAGUUACUAUGACAGCGGCCUUGAGGAGUCGGAGACACCCAGCAGCAAGAGCUCGUCAGGGCCACGCCUCGGCCCCCUGGCACUGCCCGAGGAACACUACGAGAGGACCACGCCUGACGGCAGCAUCGGAGAGAUGGAGCACCCUGAAAAUGAUGUUCGCUCGCUUCCUGAUGUGGCCAUGACCGGAACCUGCAGCCAGGAGUGCAGCGAGCUCGGGCACUCGGACGCCUGCUGGAUGCCCGGUCAGCCUUCGCCUGCCCGCAAAGCACGCACGCUGCCCAAACUCUCCACGUUCGUGCCUUACCAGGAAAGAGGAGGGACCCUGGGACGACUGGCCAACGGCGAGCCCCGGCCCCGCCUCCCGCCCUCGCGCAGUGCCUACGCCCCCAGCGACCACGUCCCCAGCGACCACGUCCCCAUCGAGGAGGUGCCUUUGAGCGUCACCUCCGAGUUCCCGCCCACCAGUCCCACCUCUAACCACGCCCCGAAACGGGAAAUAUACCUGUGAACGACGCGGUGAUUGACCUCUUCGAUUCCAAGGGAUGAAAACGAUCACUCGAAUAGCGAAUUAGAGAACUUUAAAUGAUAAAACAACAACAACAACGUGUGGUAGAGUCGUACGUUUAUUUAUAUUUCUAUUUAUUUAUUCACCGACGAAUUCAUCUAUUUAUUACCGUGAUCUUUUUCUUUUUUCCCCCGUCCCUUCCUCGUGCUUUUCCUUCUCCUCCUCCUCUUUCUCCAUGAACCGUAAUGAAAGCGCUCGAGGACUUUCUGAGUGACUUUAGCUUCGCUAGCCUGUGGAAUGUUUACCGGAUCUUUCCGAACAGUGUGACCUGUGCUGUAGUGCCAUAAGCCUGAAGCUCUUGCUCGGCUUCUUCUUCUUCUACUUCUUCUUUUUCUUCUUCUUCUCCGAGUCUCCACCACUUCCUGGACGGGGAAUCGUGAUGGAGCGGUCUUAGUACAUGUACAGCGAUGUAAAUACGUUUCUAUGACGCGUGUGUGCGUGUGUGUGUUUGUAUAGAAGAAUAAGGACUUGAGCUGAGAACAAAACGAAAACAAACAAAAAAACAGUGGUACAUUCCGAAUUUUAUCAGCCUGAUGAGCGGGUGUUCACCAGCUCCACUUCAACUUACUUCUGUUGGGGUGUGUGUGUUGGUGUGUGUGUGAGUGUGUAAGUUUGGCAGUCUUGCUAGACUUUUGGUACUGCUGUAUAUGGAAGCGUCUUUACAAGUCGCUGCACAUUAUCACAUACUGAACUGCGUGUGUGUGUGUGUGUGUGUGUGUGUGUGUGUGUGUGUGUGUGUGUGUGUAAGUGAGCAUGUUUGGCACUGUGAACCCUUAACUCUACGCAGAAGACAGGUAACGCUUCUAACACACACACACACACACACACACACACACACACACACACACACACACACACACAGAGCCUGCUGUUCCUUUACAAGUGAGGCGAGCUGGAAAGGCUUUUCUCUCUCAUGAACUGAGCCUCUGUGGCAUCUCGGCAGGAUUACGGGACAGGACACACACACUUACAUACACACACACACACACACACACACACACAAACACACACACACAAACACUGUCCCGUUCCUCACUGGCAUGGCUGUUUUUUUUUUGUUUUUUUUACAUCCUUUUUAAAAAAAAAAAAUCAUCGUCACAGCCUCGUGUUGUGAAACCUGUUGGGUUUCACGAGCGUAUUUUUGUUUGUUUUUAAUGCCUUAAAAUAAACUAUAUUUGUAUCUAACAAUCAUGAUCGACGAUUACGAGCGCUAAUCCCGCCCGACCUCUCGAGCAUGUCUGGCGUGCAUGCAUUUCUGGUCACGAGCGACUCUGGGAAAAAAAGCUCACAAACGAAACGACCAUGAAAAGAAACGAAAUUGCCUCGAAGCUACUCGUUCAGUCUUUUACAAUUUCCCCCUGACUUUUCCCCCACUGUUCUUUUCCCUUGAUUUCUGAAGGCAGCGUAUUAGCAUAAACAGCUGGACGGGGCGGUUCCUGGAAGGACUGCCUUUAUUUAUGUUUUAUUUUCUGUUUUUUUUUUCUGCAUGAUUAGCGUAAUGACACGACAAGCGUGGCUACUUUUCUCCGUGCGAUCACCCGAGCCUCGCCGCUAAGCCCAGGAGCGUCACUGUGCUUUACGAUAGCUUCAUCACGACGACGCUAACAUGGCCUCGACGGUGCAUGCCUACAGUAUGUAUGUACGUGUGAGUGUGUGUGUGUGUGUGUGUGUGUGAGAGAGAGAGAGAGAGAGAGAGAGAGGAGUUGCAAUGCAGUGGCAAUAGAACUAAUUAGGAGUGUGUGUGUGUGUGUGUGUGUGUGUGUGUUUAGGUGUGUGUGCGAACCCUCAGAGCUGGGAGACGAUCACCACACGAACUCACAGCUCCUACCUCAUCGGCGCCCCCUCUGGCACCUUGCGGAGAAUAAUUAACACACACAACAUAAGGACACGACUGUGAUUCAAUACCGGCGUUACGGCGCCUCGCAGAAUAAAAGCACAUUACCCUGUUCUUUAAAGCCAUUUCGUGACUGUGAUAAUAAUAAUAAUAAUAAUAAUAAUAAUAAUAAUAAUAAUAUUAAUAAUAAUAAUACAUUUAAAAAUACAUGAAUAUAGUGAGAGACAUGAUCCGAUGUCAUUUAUCGCUUCUCGUCCGUCUCUCUGUGUGCCCAGCUCUGACGUUGGCUAAGCGCAAGUUCUCCGGCUCUGCUGCCGAGAAUCUGAGUGUGUGUGAAAAACACGCCGGGCUGAGACUGCUUUUCCGCCACUCCAAGGAAAAAAAUCCACCCUGAACAAGUCGCAUAUUUACUCCGACCAGGCAUAACAUUAUCAAUUUAAUAACACUGAUUAUCUCUUCCUCAUCCUCAUCCUCCCACCUGUUAGUAAGUAGGAUAAAUUAGGCAGCAAGUGAACAUCUUGUCCUCAAAUGUAAUGUGUUAGAAGCAGGAAAAAUGGGUGAGCGUAAGGAUUUUGAACAAGGACCAAAUUGUGACGUCUAGACGACUGGGUCAGAGCAUCUACAGAAAUGCAGCUUUUGUGGGAUGUUCCCAGUUUGCAGUGGUCAGUAUCUAUCAAAAGUGAUCCAAGGAACAGCAGUAAACCAGCGACAGCCUCAAGUGAGGAGCGAAGUCUGGCCCGUGUGGUCCUAUCCGAUGAGCUCCUGAAGCUCAGAUUGCUGAAGAAGUUAAUGCUGUUAAUGCUCCACAGGUCAGAAGUGUUUUAGCAGAAAAAAGGGGACCAACACAAUAUUAGGCAGGUGGUCAUAAUGUUAUACCUGAUUGGUGUCAAAUUAACAGCAGCAUCCUACUAGUUACCGACUUCCUUACUAUGAUGUUCGACUUCCUGAUAGUCGUGUGGAGGUGCAGUGGGGUUCAGCCCUCACGAUGUGAAAGAUUUAGUCUUUUAGUUCCCUUUGCAUCCUCUACACACUCUGCUCUCUCUGAUGCCGCUAACGCCGGCCCGUUCCUCGGCACAACUUCGAGGCCUGGGUGUGUAAUGUCUCCACUACCUUCUACUGGAUUCAUCAAUAAUACACCACAAAGGAUCUUUUAAACACAAACAUUUGGUUUUUCGUGUUUCAGGGUCGAGUUCUACACUAAACAGAAGUCCAAACUUCUGACUUUUUUUCCCUUCAAUGACCUGCGAAGUUUUAAAUCAAAAUUUAUUUUUCUUUGGCAAAUCCGUAAAAAUCUUUCUCCUCUUCAAGGAGGAAGCAAGUCCUUUAGGCCGAAUGUGAAAACUCUUCGUCAUCGUUUCUUAAAAAAAAAAACUGGUGUUUAGAUGUGUGCUUUCUUGCUGUUUGGUGUCCGUAGCUGAGGAACUAUGGGUGUGAUACAAUCGUGAUGAGAGAGGCAAGUUUAUGAUUUUUAUUAGAUUUUUUAAAAUAUUUCUACGUCCCCAGAUGAACACAGUGCGUUUUUGGUUUUUUUUUUUUCGUGGCUAGUAGAAGGUGUUCUGUACAUAGACCUCUCCGCCCCGAUCCCUCCAGUGUGUGCCGUCGAGCCUGCGGCCAGUUUAGCAUGAAUUCCAAAGAUAAUCGGUAGAAAAUCGUUUGCUGUUCUUCGCUGAGGUGUUAGUGGUGGACGAGAAAAACCUUCAUUUUUUUUUCCUUCCUCUCUCUGUUUUUCGGAAAAAAAUAAACAAAACAAAACAAAAAAAAGCGGAAAAAUCUCACCGCACAGCCCCAUCGUCACUAUUCACUGUUCACCUGAAUCUAAAGACAGCUGCCUUGAAAGUAUGUAUUUUACAGGAGAGUUAAAAAAAAUCGUUAUCUUUAAUUGUUGGUUAUAUUUAUAUAGGAAUAAAAACUGCUUGUGAUGCCCUGUUUUUUGUACAGUUUUAUGUACAUGCAAGUGAAGCUUUUUAAAUCUCGCGACGAAAAAAACGCCGACGACAUAUUAAAAAAAAAAAAAAACAUAAAAAAAAGUGUUUAUUGAGACGUACGCAUCUUUGCCUUGGUUGAAUUGAUUGUCUGGCUGAGUCGGUGUGAAUGUGGCCGUUCUAUGCCUGCACCAUAGUUGUUUCACUGGCUCCCACUUUCCCCCCGAGGGCUUCAUCAGAAACUCUUUUUACUGCGUUUAUCGUGAACAGUGGGCCGUCCGAUCCUCUCCGUUCGUUUGAUUCCCACGUGUUAUGUUUCAUUCUGUUUUUUCCGCAUGUUGAGGAUAUACCCCUUGUAAUAGGUCCUUCUUGGAAAGAAAAAAAAACUGUUUGUAAUAAAAUGAGUAAAGAGA